UUCCUACAGUCGUCGCAGUGUGUCGCUUAGCCAAUAAAGCAAGCAGCAGAUGACAAAUCCUAACAGGGGUGCCAAUGUCAGCGAAAGCGAGUCUGCUGUUGACAAGGACACUAGCUACAAAGACAGUUCCGGCUUGAUAGCAGUUAGAGCAUCAGAUGGGGCUGACAAGCACGACAACAGUAGCACAACCACUCAGAAGCACUGUCCAGAAGUGGGCUACUCACAGGGCGAAGGUGAGGCCGUGGAUUCAGCCGCAGCCAACAGCGUCUGCGAGAGUGGACACAGCGGCAGGCUGUAUCGACACAGUACGAACACCCAUCGACAGCACUCGCAGACACAGACAUACACACACACACACCGGAACGUGCCCGAUAUCAACCUGCAAAUACCCACAAGAGGACACCGCCGAACGUACUCUACCCCAGUAUACUCCUUAUCACCGGCCCUGAAAUAUCGUACCUUGCCUAGUCACGGCAACGAGUUUAACACGGGCGCGCAUGGAGAGCGUUUGAACGGUGAAGCCAGGACUCGGGUCGGGCAGACGGAUUACCGUGCGGAUAGUACCAGCCCGUUAAGUUCGGAGAUGAGCGAUACGCAGACGGACACGCAGUUAAGCGCAGGGUUCCACUCACCAGUACAGUCUCGCACACACACACGCACACUUAGACAUACCCAGUCACACAAUUCCCAACUCACAAAGCCACUCACACCGACACAGCCGCAGCCACGAGCUCAUACACCCAACAGGUGUAGUGGGAACUGUAGACGAGACUCGCUUGCACCGUCUGCGCACGGUCACUGUGUGUGUGCACCGACAGUUGUGGGCGGGCACUCUCUCGAUACCAAACGUCAGCAGAGGAAGAUGAGCUCCAUUAACAAUAAUUACGGGACAAAUAGCGGAACCGGUCCCUCACCGGUGGGUCUGGGGUCUGGGCGACCAGCCAGGGGGAGGCCCACUACGCACAUAACUGGAGCCAGCCCGGGAACCCCUGGGUCGGUGGUAGGUAGAACGGGGAAUGCAUACCAAUCCCGGUCCGAUUCGGGGCACCGUAGGCAUAGCAUGACCACGACGCUGCAGGAGACCCGCUUCUCCAUGCUCAAGUGGCAUAGUCCGCAGACGGGUGCGCAAGCACUGAAUUUCAAAGGCAGACGCGUGAGCGAUGCCAAUUCCGCCGGCCUUGGGGUGGCACCGGCCGGAAGUAGUAGCGAGAGCGAUGCACAACCUUACCUAGAGCUGGCAAGAGAGCUGGUGCGGCUGGACUUGUUUGCGGGCACGUCGUCAGAGUUUCUGUCGGUGCUUGCAGACAACUUCGUGCCAAAAACCUACAGGCGAGGUGACCAGAUAGUCAUGUUUGGAGAGACUGGAGUCACCAUGUUCUAUCUCUUCCAAGGUACCGUGGAUGUCAUGUCGGGCGACAGGGAAGUCAGCUACACGCGACUGUCAGAUGGCGCUAUCUUCGGAGAGAUCGCCUUGUUGUUGAGUGUACCAAGAACCGCCACUAUUAUUGCGGUGGAGAAGUGUAUAUGCUUCGUGUUGAAUAAGGAGAAGCUGAAUGCUAUUUUGAAAGAUUAUCCCGAAGAAGCCAAGAAAAUCCGCGAGGUCGGCGCGCGAAGGUACGCGCUUUAUCAGUCUCAGAACUCCAGCACGGAGAAGCAGGCGACUAGGCGGAACACUGAUCCCUCCGUUGCGGCCCGCGAAUGGGGAGGGUCGCGUAGAACCGUUGGCGCUAUGGAGCAUGGUGCGGCGGACAAACCGGAGGCCAUACUAAAGCUGGGCUUGAGCCCGAAUGCGAACAAGUAUUCUGAUUCCGAGGGCGAGGGAUCGGUGAUCAGCCAAGUCAAUGUGCUGCAUGAUCUCAGCAUGUUACACGCACACCACCCGCACAGUAUGAACGACAUUUACUACCGCAGCAGCAACAGCAGCCUCAGCGAGAAAACCAGCAGGGGUCUGGGCAACACACUCGAUGUACAACUAGGCAGUACGAAUGACCCCAGGAAGAUUGCGAGUGCGUCUGUGGAGCGCAGCCAGGUAUAUAUGACCAGUCCCGCACCCAUCGCCAACAGGGCAAACAGCACGGGCCCCACGGGUCAUUUUAGCUGCGAAAGCAGUAGAGAGGAGAAGGAGAGGGGGGAUGCCCACACAGAGCUAGCCACGCACCCAUAUAUAUCCACAGGUGCAGGUGCAUCCACAGAUACAGGUGCAGGUGCAUCCACAGAUACAGGUGCAGGUGCAUACACAGAUACAGGUGCAUCCACAGAUACAGGUGCAUCCACAGAUACAGGUGCAGGUGCAUCCACAUAUACAGGUGCAGUUACAGGUUCAUCGACGCCAGCUUAUAAGGAGCCGGUGCGCGCGACCGUCAUCACACGACGGAGACACAACACCCAGGACGAGAACCUUAUGCGCCUGGCGAGUGUGCCUGUGUUCAAGCGGUCGGGCAAUGUCAGCCCAAACUCUUCACCCGUACGCAAGCCGUGCAAGAGUGAGAGUCUGGACACGUACAACCUCUCCACCACAAUGAGCCGCAGCGAAAGCAGCCCCAGCGGAACGAUGUUUGACAGCGAGAUGACGUCCUCGGGUGUGUUGGUGGGUGCGGGGGACGCCCUAGGCCGGACGAGUGUGGGUCAUCACAGGUCAUCGUCACGGUCAUCUGUUUCCAUGCUCAAACGGCACUCGUCCAGCGACCCCUUCAAACGGUCCACAUCAGAAAUCAAUCUCAAGUCAAUGAGUGCCACAGAUACCACCGGCACGCACCCAAGCAGCGCCUCGAGCCGAUACAACCCCAACACGAACUUUGAAUGGGGAGAGCCGGGCGAUGGGAGCUCGGUGCAAAAGUACGAUCGAGACGGGACGAAUCUAUAUGUCGACGAGAAUUCGGGGAUGGGUGUAAAUUCGGGUGGGUCAUCACCAAUUAAUUUUAGGAGCCCGCUGGCCAGGGCACACCGCGCGAGGGACUUCAAUCGCAUUGAAUCCCAUUCGGAGGACCGGUCCAGAAAUAUAGAAGGACAGGGCAGAGGGUCAGUCGAAUGGAUGAGGCGACCGCUGGAGAGUGUGGGCCGAACCAACAGUGACAGCCAAGUCUCUGAAGCACGCGGCAUUAGAACUGGCCUGGAGAGCGGCAUGGCGGCGAUGAAAGUCCCCGACAACGACGAAGCAAUAACAACAACGGCCGGUGCGAACGGAGAAGCGAAUGUUGAGGUGGUCGCUCAAUUGGAAAGUGUACCAGCACAGAGCACCUCACAGGAACAUUCACAGAUGCACACCGACAAUCCGGGGCAAACGCCGCACGCGUCGCGUAUGGAUAUAGAUACCGAUGCUGAGACGGGCACGGGUGAACAUAAAAGGAAUGGUAUAGGGGAGAGCUCGAGUGGAGACAGCGGCGCAACUGAUAAGGCGUCGGGUGGCCGUGGGCCGGGGGCUGAUGGGGGCCACCGGUUGAGUAUAGACGAGAGUGACUGUGGGGAGAAACAGGACAGUGCGAAGGAAAUCCGGGCCGCUAGUCCGUCGGGCGAAUUAGAAAGCGCGUCGGAGAGUGGGUCGGGGGCACAGGGCCAGGGGAUUAGGAAGCGAACGGACAGAGCGGGUGCGGUGGAUUCCGGUGAGAAUAUCGGGACGAAUAGCGGGACGAAUAGCGUGACGCUCUCGGAGGAUGAUAGCAGGAGCGGGAGCGAUGCCGAGGGGCUGCCAAUGGGUUACAACGGUGAUUUUGAUAUCGGAGAAGGCCGGAGGAGAGAUAGGCGCAUGUCUAUGGGCCCAGACAAGGUUAUUGUACCGGAAGAAGCAGCAAACACGUCGAUAUCCAGCGGAAUAGUCUUCCACAAAACACCUGUGGACCGCAUCCGCUCAGCUGCCAUUCGCAAACGAUCGCCCAGUAUUGCGGUCUUCUCAUCCGAGAUGCAAGAACAGCUCAGGAACAUGGACUUCUCGGCCUCCUCUUCCCACGCGCCGUCUAAUCUGUCGAGUGAAAACUCGACUGUCAACGCGCACAUGGACACGCCCAUCAUGGACAGUGAAUUCAUGGCCAAGGUGUUGAGUUACCUCAGCGUGGGCGACCGGUACAAGUGCAUGGCGGUGUGUCACAAGUGGAAAGACAUCGCACAGAGCGAUGUGGUGUGGUACAACUCUUCGUUCGCUGAGCAGAACCGGCUGGUCAACGACGACGUGCUGGUGCAAGUGAUGGCCAGCUACGGUGAGAUGGUGUGCAAUCUGAGCUUAAAGAACUGUUGGGCCGUGAGCGACGAGGGGUUGGAGGCCGUUGCCCUUAAAGCCAACCUGAAUGAAAUUUCUCUGUUUAGUUGCUGGGAGGUAUCCUCGGCCGGUCUACAAAUGUUGGGCGAGCACUGCAAGAAUAUACAGCACAUCAAUCUCAACAACUGCAGGAAAAUCACGGAUGUGGGCAUGAUGCACCUGACCAACAACUGCAUAGGACUGCGGUCCAUCCAAUUGUCCUACUGCAAGAACCUGACGGAAGUCACCCUCAAUUACAUUCUGGCACGCUGCCGAAAGCUGCAGCAUCUCAACAUUCAUAGGUGCUCGAGUAUCAGCAACGAAGGCAUGAAUCUGUUCCGUCAACAUCCCGCACACCAACUGCUGAUAUUGAACCUGUCCGACUGCUUUGACAUCGACGACGAUGCGCUCGAAGACAUCAUCUCCGGCUGUGAUAUUCUGGAGGACAUUACCCUGUCCUUCUGCUCCCAGCUGACCACCGAUGCCAUGAGCACUCUGUCGAGGUGUUCAACUAUAAAACGGAUGGACCUAUCCUCGUGUGGAAACGCUGUGAACGAUACGGGAGUCAAGAAACUGGUAGAAGGGGAUAUAGUACAAAGUUUAACGUUCUUGAAUCUCCGGAACUGCUAUGGCUUAACCGGUGCUGGUCUCCGGUGCCUCGAUGAGAAAUGCCCUAAGCUGGAGUACGUCAACAUCACAAACCUCAAGAAAAUCACUGUAGAAGACAUACAAGCCUGCACCAACAUUAAGAAAAUAGAGAACGUGGCCCCACUGGACUUAACGAGGGCUGGCUCCCCUCUGGCACCACGCAAAGGCUUACAAGCAGGCAAUAACAGACCAGACGCUGCACUAGGACCUACACUGAACAUCCCGCGGAGGACAUUUGGGCCUGCCUAGCACAUAUUUACCACAGUAUAUUUGGCUCAUUAGUGGCAGGGACUGGCGUUUAAUCAUACCCCUGAUCCUGGCCAACUGAAUAAAAACUCGGCAGAUCAUGA